AUGGUACCGCAGAAGUUACUCAUCCCUUCUGCGAGCCAUAUACUCAUUGUCUCCAGGUUCCCACAGUUCUUGAGAGAGAAAGUCCAGGACUAUCUGACCCUCGGAUGGAUCAAUCGAUUUCCAGUCCUCCAACCUAUAUCUCCAGCUGCUCUAGUUGCUCGUGUCCUCUCUACAGUCCUCGGCCCUCGAGUCUCUGAUUAUGUCUACGUCGACUUUGCUUCAGGAGCAGGGGGUCCCACUCCGUAUAUUGAAAACCACCUCAACCAAGGCCUCCGGGACGCAGGGAAAGAGGACGUCAAGUUUGUACUGACAGACAUCAAGCCACACAUCAGUGCAUGGGAGGCCAUUGCAAAGAAGAACGAGAACAUCACCUACAUCCCCCAAAGUGUGGAUGCUACCAAUGCCCCUUCAGCAGAAACGUUGCUGAGAGACGUGCCCGCCGUGAUGGGCAAGAAAAUAAUGAGACUAUUCAGUUUGUCAUUCCACCACUUUGACGACGAUCUUGCUGCAAAGGUGCUCGAGAAUACGAUCGAGACAGCAGAUGGGUUCUGCAUCUUUGAGCUGCAGUCACGACAUCUCAGCUCCUUUCUCCUGGUCAGCCUCCUCUGGCCGCUUGCAAUGCUCAUCACCCCUCUCUACUUCUGGAAUUCCCCAUGGCAUCUGUUCUUCACCUACCUCGUGCCGAUCGUCCCCUUCGUUUGGGUGUACGAUGGCUACAUCUCAUGUCUGAGGACGAGGACGCCGGAAGAAGUAGAAGCCCUCCUCCGCAGCCGUGUCUCGCCGGACAAGCUGGCAGGGUGGAAAUUCAAGUCUGGUGAACAGCGUCAUACCUGGCCCUUCGGCUACUUCUUUUGGAUCAUUUGUUACAAGGAUGAAUGA